GCCCAUAGUGGGGAAAUGUUUAGAUGGUAUGACAAGAGCUGCUGAGUCCAUCGAACCCAAAACUGACUCGAAGCAGGUGGUGGAGUCAUACAAGUCGGGGUUCGAGCCCCCAGGUGAUGUUGAAUUUGAGGACUACGGCCAGGCCAUGAAGAGGACGACGUCUGACACCAGCCUGUCCAACUCCAAAGAGGGAAAGGAGAAGCCAGCCGGAAAGAGCAAGGGCAAACUCUGGCCUUUCAUUAAGAACAAGAACAAGCUGCUUGCUUCUUAAUUUUCCUACUCACUCUGGUUUUCUUCUUUUUUGUUUAUUCUAUAUGUUUGACAUUUCUUCCAUAAUCUGAUAUGCUGAGUUUGACAUCUCUUUGGUUGUCUUUUAUGUUCCGUUUGGGUUUCCGUUGUGUGUUUUAAUUUUUUUUUUAUAUUUGUAGGAGGCUUAUUUAUUUCAUUUUGUGUUCCCUCCUCCUUUCCUCCUUUGUCUUAUUUUGUUGGAUUCUCGCCCCUCUUCUUCUUCUUCUUCUUC